AUGGCUGUUACAACGAAAUAUAGUAAGAGGAAAGAGAAUAAAAACGUUUUUCUCUUUUCUACAAAAGUCUCCUUGGUUACUCUUUUAUUCUGGAUUAUAAAUUACUCUGAUUCUUUUCAAUAUGGAACUUCACACGAUAUGAAGAAUUAUAACUUUGGAAAAAAUGCAAAUUCAAGAAUUAUGAGAACAUUACUAGGAAAACCUUCAUCACUUAGAGGGGAAGAUGCACAAGAAGCUGACGCAGAAGUUGAAGAUGAUACUAACUCAUUACCUGAAUCAUUUAAAGAUUUGCGUACUGAAUCUAGCGUAAAGGACUUUGAAGAAGAAGAAGAAACUGUUGAAGGAGAUGAGGUUGUUGAAGAGGAGGAAGAAGCUGUUGAAGAUGAAGAAGUUGUUGAAGAUGAAGAAGUUGUUGAAGGAGAAGAAGGAGCUAAUGCAGCAGAAGAAGUUAAUGCAGUAGAAGAAGUUAAUGCAGCACCCGAAGUUAAUGCAGUAGAAGAAGUUAAUGCAGCAACCGAAGUUAAGGUUGCAGACGAAGUUAAGGUUGCAGACGAAGAUAAUGCAGAAGAGGAAGAUAAUGAAGAAGAGGAAAGUAAAGACGAACAGGACGGAAAAGGACCCAAAAAAAGAAAACGAAAAACUCGUAUCUUUAUUCCAACAAUAACAGGAAGAGUUGAAUAUAUAAUAGCAAAUAAUGAUCACUUCAAUAUACGAAAACGUGCCAUGGACGGAGAUCCUUCAGCUGUUGAAUUGUAUCCAGAGGGUUAUUGGGACCCAUAUUUUUCAUUAAAAAAAACAAUUGAAGAAGAAAUUCGAAAACAACAAGCUUAUACAAAUCUAUUAAAAGAUGAUUUUGCCAGUUUUCCAUAUAUUGAUGAUGAAAAAAAUAAUGAAAUAAUUAAAGGACAACCAUACUUAGAAAGAAAUUAUGGAUACGUGUAUCCAGACCCCCCAGUUAUAGUAAAACCAACUGAAAAAAAAGAGGCACAAGUAAUAGUAGAAGAAGAUAAACCAGAGAAAGAGAAAGAGAAAAAGAAAAAAAGAAGAUUCUGGUGUUGUUGUUAA